CCCCUUACUAUAUUGAAGGGCUCAAUACCUCAAACAAACAAUCGAUCAUUCGAAUCACCUUCUUAUAUUGCAGUUUCGUUAUCUUGCUGCUGCUGCAACUAUCUUAUCUUGCUUGAUUCAGAUCAAACCACUUGAUUAAUCAUGGAUAUGGAAAAUGAUGAUGAUUACGUGGAAUACGUUCCCGUUGCAAAACGAAGGGCGUUAGAGGCGCAAAAGAUUCUUCAACGUAAAGGAAAAGUCACCACUAUUGAAGACGAAACGGAAAAAGCGAAAGAAACAGAAAUGAAACCAAGUUUACUCGUAAAAGCAUCCCAACUUAAACGCGAACAACCCGAAGUCACUGCAACCGAACAAGCAGUCCAACAAGAAAAAGAAAUGAUGGAAAAUCUCUCCGAUAGAAAAACGUUAAUGUCGGUUCGCGAACUCGCAAAAGGCAUAACAUAUUCCGAACCUUUACCAACCGGUUGGAAACCACCUUUACCAAUAAGACGAAUGUCUCAAAAAGCACGCGACGUUAUACGAAAACAAUGGCAUAUUAUCGUCGAUGGUGACGACAUCCCGCCACCGAUUAAAAACUUCAAAGACAUGCGAUUUCCCGAACCCGUUUUACGAAAACUGAAAGAAAAAGGAAUCGUACAGCCAACACCUAUUCAAGUUCAAGGACUGCCCGUUAUUUUAUCCGGAAGAGAUAUGAUCGGAAUCGCGUUUACGGGAUCAGGAAAAACAUUGGUUUUCGUGCUGCCGUUGAUUAUGAUGGCGUUACAGGAGGAACAUAUGAUGCCGAUUGCUUCUGGGGAAGGCCCGUUUGGGUUGAUUAUUUGCCCGUCGAGAGAGCUGGCUCGACAGACGUUUGAGGUUAUCGAGGAGUUUUUAGCGCCGUUGAAGGAGUAUGGAUAUCCGGAAAUACGACCGUUGCUUUGUAUUGGUGGUGUGGAUAUGCGAUCGCAGUUGGAUAUUGUUAAGCGAGGUGUUCAUAUUGUUGUGGCGACACCUGGGAGAUUGAAGGACCUGCUUGCUAAAAAAAGGAUGAAUCUUGAUAAUUGCAGGUAUUUGACUUUAGACGAGGCAGAUAGAUUAGUUGACCUUGGAUUCGAAGACGACAUACGAGAAGUGUUUGACCACUUCAAAGCUCAAAGGCAAACUCUUCUAUUUUCCGCCACAAUGCCUGCAAAAAUCCAGAAUUUCGCCCGAAGCGCGUUGGUCAAACCCAUCACAGUCAACGUGGGCCGUGCGGGAGCCGCAAAUCUUGACGUGAUCCAAGAAGUCGAAUACGUGAAACAAGAAGUCAAACUCGUGUACCUCCUCGAAUGCCUACAAAAAACGCCACCACCCGUGUUAGUAUUCUGCGAAAACAAAGCUGACGUGGACGACAUUCACGAGUACUUACUAUUAAAAGGAGUCGAAGCGGUCGCCAUUCACGGCGGGAAAGAUCAAGAGGAGCGAGAAUACGCAAUCUCGUCGUUUAAAUCGUGUAAAAAAGACGUUUUGGUAGCCACCGAUGUUGCGUCAAAGGGUUUGGAUUUCCCGGACAUCCAGCACGUGAUAAACUACGAUAUGCCUGCGGAGAUCGAAAACUACGUUCACAGGAUCGGGAGAACCGGGCGAUGUGGGAAAACAGGAAUCGCAACGACGUUUAUCAACAAGAAUCAAAGUGAAACUACGCUUCUUGAUUUGAAACAUUUGUUACAAGAAGCGAAACAGAGAAUACCGCCGGUGUUGGCGGAGUUAAACGACCCGAUGGAAGAUGUCGACGCGAUUACCGACGCGAGUGGCGUUAAGGGGUGUGCUUAUUGUGGUGGGUUAGGGCAUAGGAUUAGGGAUUGUCCUAAAUUAGAGCAUCAAAAAAGUCAACAGAUUGCUAACUCAAGGAGGGAUUAUUUUGGUUCUGGAGGAUAUAGAGGAGAAAUAUGAGUUUUUAUUUGUUGCUGAAUGUUUGAUAUUUUCAUGUUGUAUGAAGUUUUAUGAGAUCAAUUUGGUUAGAUUUUGAACUUUUGUUUCUGGGUUUGAAAAUCUUCAGUGGCAAUUUGGGUUUUUAA